AUGAUCUCGCUCGGACCCAAUAAGCGAUCGGCGGCUCGAUCGUCGACUUCGACCUGGGCGACCCCGGGUCUGGCUUUGAUCGCGGUGCUCGUGCUUGUCUCAGCGAUCGAAGUAACAGCGGAGACACAAUCAUUCCGGGACCAUUCCGCGCAGUUGUAAGUUGACCAUCUUCCCUCCACUCUUUAACGUGCUGGUGGCUGACGGAAUAAAUCCCUUCGAACGGUCCGCUGGCAACAGCUCACGCUACAAGCCCGCCGAGGAAUAUACCCCAGCCGUGUCCCGAUGCAAGGUGGAACAGGUAUAUCUUCGUUCGAAAAAUCAAGCUUAUUCAUACCAUACCCAAAGUCAGGCAUAGAAGCUCAUUUGUAGUAAACUUCGACGCCCAGGUGAUCGUGCUCGAGCGCGGUGGAGCAAGUCGGCCCGACGCACACCUCGCAGCUUCGAUCCAGGCUUCGCUCGCAAAGGUCGUCGGCAAAUCCGACUAUAAAAACAGCCAGCUCAAUUUCCUCGCCAACUAUACUUACAACUUGGGAUCGGAUGGGGCUUUGCUUCCCAUGGGUGCGACCGAGUGAGUCGGCGAGUUGCAAUUCCGCACAUGGCUGACAAGGGAGCAACUGGUUGCUAAAAAUGUGCAAAAUCUGGACCGAGGACAGAUCAAAGAACUCUGGAUUCAGUUCCGCAAACGAUAUUGCGAUACCGAAGGGAUGUGGAAGCAAGACUGCCUGGACUACUCAAUCGCCUCCGCAGUAAGUCCUUGAGUUGAGUACGCUCAGCAGAUAUCCGCGCGGCUUGUUAUGCUAAUCCGCAUCGAGCGCGAUCCUUGUAGGACUCUCCCGCUCUCGUCGAUUCUGCCAAGAAUUGGCGAGCAGGACUUCUACAAGGAGCGAACGCGCCGGCAGAUGCGGCCCUUGUCACGAUCAACAGCACGCUUGCCGCGCCGAGCUGCCCAAACCUCGUCAGCUCGGUGCCGACUGCGCAGCAGCAAUGGAGGGACGUUUGGACGCCCGCGGUCAUCCAGAGGUUGCAGAGUGGUGGAGAAAACUACGGGUUGAACAGUACGGUGAGUGAAAUCUCUUCUUUGAAGGUCACACCAUUGAUUUUGUUGCGUUCAGUCUCGAGUGCUAAUUCAGACUCUCCCCUCGCGACUCGAAGGACGUCAUCAACUUUGCCUACAUGUGCGCGCUCGAAUCAGCUGCUAUCGGUUCGACUUCGCCCUUUUGUGGACUCUUCAUCGAUUCCGAAUGGUCUCACAUCGAAUAUGACGGUGACCUUGGAAAGUACUUCAACCAUGCUUACGGCGCUCCCUUGGCUCGAACCCAAGCUGUGCGCUAUACGACAGAGCUCCUCUCGCGCCUCACUUGGUUCUUCCCGCUCAUCCGGCGACAGGCACAGCCCAGAAUAACCUCGAAGCUACCUGUCUAUGUGGAUGUCACCUCGGAUGAUCAGUUAUUGUCCUUCAUGACCCUCCUCGGUUUCUUCGACGACGCCACUCUCAGCACGACCCUACCUUGCCCUAUGAGGUCCUUCGUCACCAGCAAAAUGAUACCGUUCGCAGGACGAAUCGUUGUCGAACGCAUGACAUGCACGGGCCAUGGAUUUUGGAAAGAAUUCCUCUACAAAAUAAGCGACUCUUCUCCUGCGUACGUGCGCGUGUUGGUAAACGACAAGUCGGUCAAUCUCUCCCAACUUUGCGAUGAGGUGCGUAUAUAUAUAUACCUCACUUGACCGCGGGUUAGACUCGCUGAAGGUUGCUCAAGAGCUGAUUAUAUUCUUCCUCACGAUAUCCUCAUCUACUCAUUUUGUAUCUAGGACGACCGAGUUGAAGGCGGGACGAUGUGCACGCUUACCUCGUUCUCGGAGCAUGUCAAAGCAAGGUUGCAGGAGGCGACGAAAGACUCGGCUAAAUGUCGCUGA